AUGGACCCCACGACGACCACGACGACCCCAGCGCCGACCGCCCGCCCCGCCACCCUCAGUGAGCGGCUGUACGCCUCGGCGGGAAGCCGGAGUCCCGACCCGUGCCUCUUCCUGGAGACGCAGUGCGCGGAGGGCAUCGUGUACCGGCCCAUCGACGGCUCCUGCAACAACCUGAAGCAGCCCUGGCUGGGCCGCGCCAACACACCGGUCCUGCGCGUCGUCGCCCCGGACUACAGUCAGGGGGGGCUGCCGCGCUCCAGCCUGAGGGGCAGGCCGCUGCCGUCGGCCCAGGACGUGGUGUCGCGCCUCAUGCCGCAGACCGACCACCAGUCCUACAUCACGCACUUGUUCGUCAUCUGGUCGCAGCUCGUCAGCCACGACUUCGCGCUCAGGGCGGCGCCCAAGAACAAAGCCAUCGGGCCGUGCUGCGGUGAGGGGGCCGGCGAACGCUGCAUCCCCAUUCCCGUCUCGGAGAACGACCCUUUCUACCGGCAGUUCAACAGGACGUGCCUCCCCAUGGAGCGCACCAACGCCACCACCUGCAACAGCAGUCAGCCGGAGCAGCUGUCCGGCUCGACGCACUGGAUCGACGCCUCCUUCGUGUACGGCUCCAGCGAGGCCACGGCGCAGCGCCUGCGCGUCUUCCGCGGCGGGCUGCUGCGCGUGCGGCCCACCGCCCUGGGGGACUUCCCCCCCGACGUGGCCAACCCCAAGGCCGCCUGCGGGCAGCACCCCUGCUACGACACUGGCGACCCCCGCACCAACCAGACGCCCAUGCUGGCGGGGCUGCAGACGCUGUGGCUGCGCGAGCACAACCGCGUGGCUAGCACACUGUCGGCACUCAACCCCCACUGGGACGACGAGACGCUGUACCAGGAGGCGCGCCGCGUGGUGGUGGCCGAGUGGCAGCUCAUCACGUACCGGGACUGGCUGCCGUGGCUCCUGGGCCAGGACCGCGUCCGGGAGCGCGGGCUGGCGCCGACGGGGCCGUGCGCGCGCAGCGAGUACCGCGCCGACGUGGACCCGCGCACGGCCAACGACGUGACGACGGCCGGCUACCGCGCCAUCCACAGCAUGGUGCAGGGCACCUUCUGGCUGGGCGAGCGCGGCGAGCGCACCGGACGCAUCAGCCAGUGGCUGCAGAACCCGGGGCCCGUGCUGGAGCGCGAGGACGGCCUCCUCGACGUGCUGCAGGGCAUGGCGUUCCAGCAGGCGCAGGACCUGGACCGCUACAUGGACAACGAGCUGACGCAGCAGUACGAGCCGACGAGGGAGCCCGACGGCCGCCAGUGGGGGCACAACCUCGUCGCCGUGGACAUCCAGCGCGGCCGCGACCACGGCCUGCCCGGCUACGUCGAGUACCGGAAGUACGUCGGCCUGCCCGACGCGGAGGACUUCGACGACCUCAGCGACACCCUCCACCAGAAGGACAUCGACGUGCUCAAGGAGCUCUACGAGGACGUGGAGGACGUCGACUACUACGUGGGAGGGCUGCUGGAGCGCCGCAAGGCCCCGCUCUUCGGCCCCACCUUCCAGGCCCUCCUCGAGGACCAGUUCUGGCGCUGGAGAUUCGCCGAUCGCUUUUUCUUCAACUUCGUCGGUUUCCCCCAUUCUUUCACAAAAGAUCAAAUCCGAGCGAUAGAGGGCGCCUCCGUGGCGCGGCUUUUCUGCGACAACGUCGAAGGAUUCCGCUUCGUCCCCCGCGACCCUUUCGUUAAGACCAACUACAACGGCAAUGAAGAAACGCCUUGCGACAGCCUUCCACGGGUUGAUCUCAGUUCAUGGAAGGAAGACAGUCACGACUUCAUGCAUUCCCUCAUAUCUUUUCCUAAAUAUUAAUUGUUACCAAAGACACAAAUAAAUUUUAAAAAAACAAUAAAA